AUGGCUCGUGGAAACCAGCGUGACAAGGCCCGGGAAAAGAACCAGGCCAAAUUGGCGGGUGCUAAAUCUGGAAACUCAAUGUCCGGGAGCGAAAUGAUGCGCAAUAAGGACGAUGUUGCGGCUAUUAUGCGCAAGAAGCAGGCGGCUGCCGAGGAGAAGAAGAAGGCAGAGGCCGCUGGUGGGAAGAAGUAG